AUGUUCCAAAGCAUUGUCUCGUGGCUGAGACGGGACAACGAUGACCAGCCACGUGAAAAGCAUCAAGAGUCAACGACCCCCAACUCUACUAGAGACAAUAACCUGUAUGACUCCACUUCCGACCCCGAGCAAGCGUCUGACCCGGCCGAGGAGGUGCGGCAACAACAAAAGUCAUCACAGUACCCCGAAGGCGGUCGGGCCGCCAACCUGGUCGUCCUGGGCAGCUUCUGCGCCAUCAUGGGCGGCCUCGGCCUCAUGAACAGCAUCGGCGUCUACCAGUCCUGGAUAUCCUCGCACCAGCUGCGCCACGUCCCCGAGGGCCAGCGCGGCUGGAUCUUCGGCAUCUACAACUUCAUGGUCUUCUUCUGCGGCGUCCAGAUCGGCCCCGUGUUGGACGCACACGGCCCGCGGUGGCUCAUGCUCACGGGUCUGCUGCUGUACGUUGCGGCGUUUGUCGCGCUGGGGUUCUGCUCCGCGUACUGGCACUUUGUCGUCGUCAUGGGAGUCGUCGCGGGGGCUGCCACGUCCAUCGUCUUUGUCGUGCCCGUCGCGACCGUAGGGCAGUACUUCAACAUCAGGCGCGGAGCCGCGACGGGACUCGCCAUGUCGGGCGGGAGCCUCGGUGGUGUUCUGUUUCCGCUCGUGUUUGAUGCGCUGGGCGAUCGUCUCGGGUUCGCCUGGACGACCCGCGUCAUCGGUCUCAUCACCGUCGUGCUGCUGGUUGUUGGGUGCGUCAUGGUCCGCCCGCGCAGCAAGUUCCGUAAGCAGGCGCAGCGCGACAGCCAGAGCAUCCUCCCGGACUUUAAGAUCCUGUGCAGCCCGGCCAUAUCCCUCGUGACCGUCGGCGUCUUCUUCAUCGAGUGGGGCUUCUUCGUCGGGCUUGAGUACGUGUCGUCGUACGCCCUGGCCCACGGCAUCAGCCGGCGCCUCUCCUACCUCAUGGUCGUGUUCCUCAACGCCGGGUCGUUUCCCGGCCGCUGGCUGCCCGGCAUCGUGGCCGACAAGUUUGGCCGCAUGAACACGCUGCUGUUGACCAAUGUCCUCUGCAUGAUGUCCAUGCUGGCCAUCUGGCUGCCGGCGGGGAGCAGCGUGGGCGCCAUCAUCACCUUUUCCGUCGUCUUUGGCUUUGCCAGCGGGAGCAACAUCAGUCUCGUCCCGGUAUGUGUCGGGGAGUACUGCACGACGCAAAACUACGGCAGGUACUACACCACCGUGUAUACCGUUGUCAGCCUCGGCGCGCUUACAGGCGUUCCAAUUGCGGGCGAGAUAGUAAGCAGCAGUGGAGGAUCCUACCAGGGCCUCAUCGUGUUUGCUGGUGCAUCCUAUCUGGCGGGGGUCGUGUGUUUCGUCGCCGUCAUGUGGCUGAACCGGCCGCGGGCAGGUUCUUGA